CGUGCACGUGAAAUGAAUAUGACCUAAGAAAGAACGCGAUCAGCGAUGGAGACUUUAUGGAAAAUUCGCCAGCACACGCAAGAGAAAUAUUUCUUUGGCAGCAUAAAUCGCUAGGUUCUUAACCGUUUCCUACAAAGUCAAGUGAAGUACUGUCGUCAUCUUCAAAAUAGGCAGAUUUUGUUUAGUCAGUGCACUAGCAGCGAGUAGACGUAAACCACUUGGACGAGAUUGACUCAAGACUUUAAUAUUUUACCAAGAAAACUGAAAACCGACAAGAUGCAGAUUCCAUUUACGACAUUAUUUCCACUAUUUUAUUUAUUUACAACAGUCGGAUCAGCUCGCCUAUCCAGUUUCAGUAGUGAUUAUGGAGAAUCGUCUGAUGCUGAAUUGACUGAAACUCCCGUGGUAGCUAGUGGUGAUGGUUCAAACCCGCUCACUGACCUGGAUGCAGAAGAUGAAACAUUUACAACAGAGAUAAUUGAACUAGCAACGACACAGAUUACCACAUUGAAACCGACAACCACAGAAUCAAGGGUCAGGAUUCCACAGACCUGCUGCGAACUCGGUGCUCUCGCUGCACGACAAGGCCAUUCAUGCCGACCGGAAUCACACAGAGAAAAGCUCAGGUAAGAUGGAACUAGUGUUUUAAAGUGGUC